AUGGAAGUGCUUCUGAUCCGAGUCCCCAGCCCGGUGGUGAGCCUGGCUGCCCUCAUCCUGCCCUGCUGCCAGGCUGGGCUGAGAGAGCAGGGCACACCCUCAGGCCCCGAUGGCCCACAAGGCGAUGGCACUGCCCACAUGGCCCUUGCGCUGGGGGCGCUGCGCUCUCCACCAGCGUGAGACCACCUGACCUGGUCAGUCUUUGGCACCCUCUACCUGAACCUGUGCUGCUUGGGCUUCCUGGCUCUGGCCUGCUCUGUCAAAGCCCGGGACUGUAAGGUGGCUGGGGACCUGGAAGCGGCCCGCCGUCUGGGCUCCAGGGCUAAGUGCUACCACAUCCUGGCCGCCGUGUGGACACUGGUGCCUCUGCUGCUGCUGCCAGCCCUGGUGGUGACUGGUGCCUUGCACCUGUCUCAGCUAGCCAAGGGCUCCACCACCUUCUUCAGCACCAAGUUCGAUGAGGAUUCGGACUACAACUGA